AUGAUCGUCCUCGCUGUUGCCGCCGCCUCAUCCGCGGCCUUCACGCCGGCGCUGCCGCUCUCUCGCGCACCACCCGUGCUCCUCCGCUCCCCGCCUCCCUUGCUCGCUACAUCGCCAGCCGCAUCCGACGGCCGGCCGACGCCACUGCAGCGGCUCAAGACGGCCACUUCCUCCGUCGCCGGCUUCCUCGAUCGCCGCUACUUUCUGGUGGGCGUGGUCACGGCCGUGGCGCUGGCGGCCGCUUACCCACCGCUCGGUCGCCGCGGCGGCCCGCUGCGCCCUGAGCGGACCGUGGCGUGGGGCGCGACGUGCGGCAUCUUUCUGCUCUCGGGGCUCAACCUGCCGACGAGCGAGCUCGCACGCGCGGCCGUCUCGGUGCGGCUGCACGCGCUCAUCCAGGGCUUCAACCUGCUGCUCAUCCCGCUCACCACCGUGCUCUCGUGCAACGCGCUGCUCGCGGCCGGACUGCUCCAGCCGGCGCUGCGCGACGGCAUGGUCGUGAUGGGCCUGCUGCCCACCACCAUCAACAUGUGCGUCGCCCUCUCGCGCUCGUCCGGCGGCGACGAGGCCGUCGCCAUCUUCAACGCGGUGCUGCCGGCAGCGGUGCUCGGCGUGGCGCUCCGGCUGGUGCUCGGCAACCUGCUCGGCGUGCUGCUCACGCCGUACCUCCUCCUCAAGCUCGUGGGCUCCGCCGGCGCGCUCUCUGCGGCCGACACGCUGCAGAAGCUCGCGACGCGCGUGCUGCUGCCGCUGCUCGUCGGGCAGCUGCUCCGCCCUCCGCUGCAGGGGGCGGGCGUGCUCGCGGGGAGGAGGAAGCUGCUCUCCCGCAGCUCCGAGUCGCUCCUCCUGCUCAUCGUCUACUCGACCUUUUGCGACACCUUCUUGCGCGGCUUUGGCGUGCCGCCCGCCACGCUCGCCGGCCUGCUCGCCUUUGUCGCCGGGCUGCACGCCUCGCACCUCUGGCUCGCGUGGCAGCUCGGCGGCCUCGCGGGCCUGCGCGCCAAGCAGCGGAUCACGCUCACGCUCACGGCGACGCAGAAGACGCUCGCCCUCGGCAUGCCGCUCCUCGGCGUCGUCUUCGCCGGCCGCCCCGACCUCGGCCUGCUGUGCACGCCGCUGCUGCUGCAGCACCCGCUGCAGCUCCUCGUCGGAUCGCUCCUCUCGCCGCGCCUCAAGCGGAUCGCCGCCGAGGAGGCCCCUUGA